UUUUUGUUUUUCCAAAAUGUCCCGCAAAACCCGCAAUUUUGAAAAUUUUUAGUCAAAAAUUUAGGAAAGUCGCUUCCAAACUAAGAUGGUGAAGUGGUGAAAAUCUCAUAUUGAUAUCUUCAACUUUGGGCGGGGUAUGUGAAAACAGAAAGAAUCAGACAAAUGCAAUUUAACUAAUAGACAAGUGUUGGAUGGCAACACUUAAAUACACAAUUAGUUCGAAAUUCAACCUGCUGUUUUCACCUCAACAUGGCUUUUUGCUAAUUAUCUCCUAGUACCUUGUAUAGGAAUUUUUCAAGGACCGAAUCUCAAUGCCGAAAACAAAAAGAAACCGCUCUUUUCUUCCUAGUCGGCAGAUUGUUUCACGCCUGACAGCACUAUGGGUGCUUGGAAUCACGUUCUGGUGUUCGAUUCUGCUAUUGCUCGGAGAAGAUGCUCUUCCGCCAAAUGGACAGCUCUGGCAAUUAAUUUUAUUGGCCCUUGUUGCCAAAGCUGGGGGCUGGAUUUCCGUUCAAAUUCGACUGCCAGGUUUGCUGGGGAUGUUACUAGCGGGGAUGGCUCUGCAGAGCGCAGGUGUUGUCACCAUUGAGGGAAAGUAUUCAGAUCUCAUCAAAAUAAUAAGAAAGGUUUCUCUAGUCAUAAUUAUGAUGAGGGCUGGAUUGGAUUUGGAUCCGAAGUCUGUGAAAAAUCUGAAAUAUUCGAUUCUGACUCUGGGCUGGAUACCGUGGGCCAUUGAAAUGUGCUGCGUGGCGUCCAUGAGCUGGUGGCUAUUGAAUCUAUCUUGGCCUUGGGCUCUUAUGCUUGGUGCCAUCGAGGCUGCGGUUUCUCCUGCAGUAGUGGUACCAAAUUUAAUUUCCUUGCGAGAGAGAGGCUUUGGAGUGGCCAAAGGUGUUCCCACCCUAGUCUUUGCUGUGACCGGAAUUGAAGACGCGAUCUCAAUUUCCGCCUUUGGAGUUAUUAGCAGCUUGAUUUUUACGAGCGGUUCGUUGAUUUUCUCAAUUAUACAAGGUCCGUUAUCAGUUUGUGCUGGAAUUCUCACCGGAGGCUUAAUUGGACUAAUAUUAAAAUUCGUGCCAGAUAAGGACGAUCCAUACGCGAUAUCAAUUCGCGUUUUUAUGCUUUUGCUCAAUGGUCUCGUCGUAAUUCUGGGAUUUGACUAUUUAAAUCUGUCUGGAGCUGGUCCAUUGGCGAUAAUUGUGGCCGCCUUUGGAGCAGGAACAGCUUUCGUGGGUCAAGGAAUGCCGGUGGGCCAAAAUCAGGUUGCUCUGACCUUUCGAGUUCUGUGGCAAUUUUUCGAGCCCAUCGUUUUUGGACUUGUUGGUGCUCAAAUUAAGGUGGCUGAGCUGCCGAUUGAAACGGUGGGAUUAGCAGCAGCCUGUGUUGUCGCUCCACUUUUGAUACGAUUUUUGGCAACGCUAGUGCUGCUCACAGGAAGUUCAUUUAACGCCAAAGAGAAAAUUUUCGUUGCUUUGGCGUGGAUGGCAAAAGCAACUGUUCAGGCCGUGUUGGGACCCGCAGCAAUAGAUUUGGUGAAGGAUACCGAAGAUGAGAGCUUAUCUGAGGCGGCGAAAAUUGUAUUCAUUGUUUGUGUCACCUCGAUCCUCUUGACAGCACCACUCGGCGCAGUUUUGAUUGCAACAACUGGACCCAGAUUACUAAAGAAAGCGAGCAGUAGUAAUUUGGAGCGGAAAAGAGCCGUCAGACGCGCGUCAAGUGCAGAGACAACAAGCUUUUUAAGAAUUGAAAAUAAAAUUUCAGUUUCACCUGAGUUAAUUUAAAAAUGAGAGCAAAAAAUUAAAUUUCUGCUUUUUGCCCUCAAAUAAA